GGUGAGCCCCCCUCCCUCCCCGACACCCAUCUAAAAGUUAAAGUCAGUCAUGGAAAAGCAAAGUCAUUCUUAGGCAACACUAGAUUUGAGAAGCGGUAGUCGGAUGGAUAUGAAGGAAGGACAGAGUGAGAAGAGCGGACUCUAUCAACAGGAAAAUGGAGUGCAGACAAACCAUUACAGCUCCAUAUCUCCGUCCACCUCCCCUGAGGACCAGGAGGAACCUUUCUCCACAUACUUUGAGCAGAAGGUUCACAUUCCAGAAACGGGCAGCCAGAUCUUCAGCUUCCGUAAACUCUGGGCCUUCACCGGACCAGGGUUUUUGAUGAGCAUCGCUUAUUUGGAUCCAGGGAACAUCGAGUCCGACUUACAGUCUGGAGCCAAAGCUGGCUUUAAGCUCCUGUGGGUGCUUCUUGGAGCAACCAUCAUAGGGUUGUUGCUGCAAAGGUUAGCUGCUCGCCUCGGGGUGGUCACGGGGAUGCACCUGGCUGAAGUCUGUAACCGCCAGUAUCCUACCGUUCCACGAGUCAUCCUCUGGCUGAUGGUUGAAUUGGCAAUUAUCGGCUCGGACAUGCAGGAGGUCAUCGGCUGUGCCAUUGCUUUCAACCUUCUCUCUGUGGGCAGGAUCCCACUGUGGGCAGGAGUUCUCAUCACCAUCACCGACACAUUUGUGUUCCUCUUCUUAGACAAAUAUGGCCUGAGAAAACUUGAAGCUUUUUUUGGCGUUUUGAUCACUAUAAUGGCUAUAAGUUUUGGUUACGAGUAUGUAGUUGUGAAACCUGAUCAGGGGGAGCUUCUUAAGGGGAUGUUUGUGCCGUACUGUGCGGGCUGUGGGCCAGUCCAGCUGGAGCAGGCCGUGGGAAUCGUGGGUGCUGUCAUCAUGCCACACAAUAUUUACCUGCACUCAGCGCUUGUCAAGUCUCGGGAUGUCGAUCGCAACAACAAAAAGGACGUAAAAGAAGCCAACAAAUACUUCUUUAUUGAGUCUGCAAUCGCCCUCUUCGUCUCCUUCCUCAUCAACGUUUUCGUUGUCGCCGUCUUUGCUGAAGCCUUUUAUGAUAAAACCAACAUGGAAGUGAAUGCAGUGUGUAACGCAACCGGCAGCCCUCACUCCAAUCUCUUCCCUCUGAACAACGCCACGCUGGAGGUGGACAUUUACAAAGGGGGAGUGGUCCUGGGCUGUUUCUUUGGGCCAGCAGCUCUCUACAUCUGGGCCGUUGGGAUUCUGGCUGCAGGACAGAGCUCCACCAUGACAGGAACCUACUCCGGACAGUUUGUGAUGGAGGGUUUCCUGAACCUGAGAUGGUCUCGUUUCGCUCGAGUGCUGCUGACACGUUCCAUCGCCAUCAUACCAACCCUCCUGGUAGCUAUUUUCCAGGAUGUCCAGCAUUUGACGGGGAUGAAUGACUUCCUCAAUGUGCUUCAAAGCAUGCAGCUUCCUUUUGCUUUGAUCCCAAUUCUGACCUUCACCAGUUUGACCUCCAUAAUGAACGACUUUGCUAACGGACUGGUGUGGAAAAUUUCCGGCGGCAUCGUCAUCCUCAUGGUUUGUGUGAUCAACAUGUACUUUGUGGUGGUCUAUGUGACGGCGUUGAACAGCGUGCUGCUCUACGUCCUCGCUGCUCUCAUCUCCGUGGGAUACCUGUGCUUUGUAGCAUACCUGGCAUGGCACUGUCUGAUAGCCUUGGGGGUUUCCUGCCUGGAUUGUGGCAGCAGGAUGCACAGAGGUCUGAGGCGUCACACCGACAUAUACCUGCUGAACGACAUGGACUGUGACAUGCAGGUGGACAGAUAGAAGAUCCAGCAGCGACGAUGGACCGCUGAAGCUUGGGCCGUACGUUGUCACCUCUCUGUGCCUAACCAAGUGUCCUUCUGAGAGCAUUCCUUCUCAGACGUUUGCAGCUGUUCGAACCAGCGUUGGACCGUCUUUCCAGUAGCUUUUAUAGACAUGAUUUUAAAGAGGAAAUGGUAAAAAGUUUCUCUCUAUUUGAGACGCAUCGUGUCCCAAAUUCCAACAUACCUGAUCACAUUAUAGUGAGAGCUGCCAAAUAGUGUCAAUAGUGGAAAAAAUGAUAUAUAUUUACAGAGAGACAGACAUUCAGGUGUUUGUUUUAGCUGCACAUGGUGCCUUAUUUAAAAAUAUAUAUAUAUAUUUUUAGUUUUGAUCUUCAGUUUCUUUCCACAGUUCCUGGUUUGAUCUGAAAUUCAUCUGUUAUUCCUGUUAUUGUUCCAAAUCCAAGUUUUUUUGUUUUUUUAUCUGAAAAAGACUUAUCAGUUGAGAGCUUUGAUGCUGUAUUUUGUAGAGGAUUCCCAGUCUUUUUAACGGGGCCAAGAACCUUUCCAAAAAUCAAACACAAAUCUUUUUAGGAUUGUUACAUUUUGAUGUUGUAACUGAUAUUUAAUGUAACUUAAUGCUUGUAACUUAAAAGAAACUAGGUAUUUAUGAGGGUCACUGACCUUGUGACAGGUUUUAUUGGGAUUAAAAAGAGCAAAUUUAUGUCACUUAUGCAAAAAGAGCCCUUGUAGUAGUUUUUUAUUUACAAAAAGUUUAUUUAAUGUGUGAUUUUGCUUUAAUUUUUUAACUGAAAAGUUAGAAAUCUUUAAAUGUAUUUAUUUGAAUCGUAAGUGAUGAUAAAGGUUACACCAUAUAAUAAACAUACAUCUUCCAGUGAUAUAAUUUAAGUGAUUAAAGGGUUACACAUCGCUGUGUGGUAGCUUUGCUGCUUCAAAAAAAGAGCUGUUUUAUGGAUUCAGGGGCAGAAACGUUAUUUGUUGGUCACUGAUCUGUAAAUUGGAGUAAGAAAGAAUUACGAGUUAGUCUUAGGUAAACUAACUGUUAGAUGCAAUGUAAGAAAAAGAAAGUUUAUUUGUAAAAUGGUGCAGAAAAUAAGUAUUUAUCUAAAUUAAGCUCUACACUCUUUCCCUGUGUUAACGUCACUUGUUAGAACUGGUUAUCUGUAUAACAAAGACACCUGUUUACACCCUAAAGACUUCAACCUCUCCACCAUGAGCAAGACCAAAGAGCUGUCAAAGGACACCAGAAACAAGACUUGAACAAGACUGGGAUGAACUAAUCAACAACAAGCAAGCAGCUCGGUGGGAAGAGAUCAACUGCUGGAGCAAUUAUUAGAAAACUGUUAAAUACAUCACUGACAAUGUCCUUCCACGAAAGAUCUCACCUGGUGGAGAACUAAAGAACGGUGAGGAAACGGAACAGAACUACACGGGGGAACGGAUAAGAUCUAAUGAGAUGACCUGAAGAGAGCUGGGACCACAGUAACAAAGAUUACUAUAGCAACACAUGACGUCUUCAAAGUUCCCCCUGCUUAAGCCAGCGCAUGUCCAGACUCGUCUGAAGUUCUCCAGAGACCUUCUGGAUGAUCCAGAGCAGGACUGAUAGAAUGCCAUGUGGUCAGAUGAGACCAAAAUGGAACCAUGUGGCCCAAACGCCACUCGCUGUGUUUAAAGGGGAAAGGCUGCUGGGAUGUAGCUCAGUGUCCUCGUGGUAGAGUGUCUGCCCUGACACUGGAAAGUUGUGACCUCAAAUCCAGCCAGACUUGUACAAAAGACUCUUAAAAUGAGACCCAGUACCUUCCUGCAUUGAGGGUUGGAUUGGGGAAUUAAGCCACCAAAUGGUUCCAAAGAGCGGCUGUGUCUGCAGCUCACCGCUCCCCCCAGGGGAGGGGUCAAACAAGUCAUACACCAAGGUGUGUGACAACAAAUGGGACUUGAACUUUAUGCAUCCCAAGAGCAUCAUAUCCACUGUGAAGCACAGGGGUGGAAACAUCGAGGAUAAUAGGGCUGUAUGAAAGGAAGGGUUAAUAGUGAGAUGUAUGUUGAGAUUUUGAGCUAAAAUCUCUUUCUGUCAGUGAAAAGAUCGAGUAUGAAACGUAAAAGCAUGACAAUGAGCCCAAACACAUCGUUGAGGCAACGAAGGAGUGGCUAUGUAGGAAUAAUUUCAAGGUUCAAGUGUUCUGUCAUCUGUGGAGGGAGUUGAAAGUCUGUGUUACCAACAUCACUGCUCUAGAGAAGAUCUGCAUGGAGGAAUGGACCAAAAUAGCAGAUAGAGUCGAUGUAAACAUGGUGAAGACCUACAGGAAAGUGUUGAGGUGAACUUUUUUCUGCACCAUCGUACAGAUAAAUUCUUUAAAAAUCAAGAUUUAUUUAUUUUUUCAUUCCCAGAGUUGUAACAGUCAGGAAAACUUGAAGAAUCAGUGACUGAGACUUUUUUCCCCCCAUUAUACAAUCAUGACCAGAACACUGAAAGCCUUUAGUCACUUUUACAGCUAUUUUUAUUCUUAUAAUGAAGUCAUGUUGUGUAGCAGUGAGUGAAUGGCAACUCGAGAGGCUUUUCCUGGUGCCAAAGUCUCUGCAGCCAAAGAUUAGUUUUACUGAGUAAAAUGAACUUCCUGGUUUUUACUGGUUUAAGGGUUUUUUUUUCUUCAAAAGAAUUUUAAAAGCUGAUUCUAUUUGUAUUUUAGUUCAAGUCAGAGUGUAAUUGUUUGUUCUUGAUACAACAUUUUGACAAUAAAACAAAAAGUAUCAGUAA